AGCUUCCAAGCAUUCCAAAUCGAUUAUCCAACCUGAAUUCUCUUAUCAAAAUGCCUGCCCCAGUCGAGUCCGGCCACGUGCUCUUCGUCGAUCUCUUCGAUGGCGAAGCCUUGGGUCCUGCUCUCACUGUAAAGUGGCAGCAAAACUUCUCAGCUCGCCAGGCGCAAUACUACCGCGUCGAAGCAAACGACCUGACAAACAAUGAGACUGUUCCUCUCUUCAUUGCCGCCGAGUGGUAUAAGAACGCGACCAAAGACAACCCAAACCACAUCAGCAAGAUCGGAGAGACUGAGCCUGGUGAGGGCUAUAAAGUCAAGAUUGACGGCCGAUUCCAAUACGGCCAGAAGAAUGGUCAGGGUGAAAACCGUUUCGUUAUCUACCAUGACAAGGAACGCAAGCCAUACCAGCAUCGUUUCAUUGAGACUGCAGUCCUUUCUACUUUGGCCAAGUCUGGUGAAGGAGCUGCCGACAAAGUGUGUGGUGUCUUUGGUCUACCCGCUGGAUCCGCUGCGAACGUCACCGAUACUGUCAAGUGCUACAUUGGUGAUUAUCUCCACACAUUCUAAGUUGUGUUGAGUAGAUUUGGUUCCAACCAAAGUCAAAUCAUCACACCCGUGAAUCUCCUACCUGAUAUGGCAUAGAGCAAACGAAUAUAUGUCAUAAUCUUUAUAUUUGAUAGCAUCAAGCUUCCAAGUUACAGAGAUACUAGCUCCCUCUAGAUUGCAGAAAUUGAUCUCAGUAUACG